AUGGCCCAACCAGUUAUCUUGCACCUCAGAGCAGAAACCAAGCCAUUAGAGGCUAGAGCAGCUUUGACACCAACUACAACCAAGCAGUUGCUAGACGCUGGAUUCCAAAUUUAUGUGGAAAAGAGCGAACAAUCGAUUUUCAAGGCAGAGGAGUACGCCGCCGUGGGCGCAACUAUUGUUCCAGCUGGAUCCUGGAAGACUGCUCCUACCAACAGAAUCAUCAUUGGCUUGAAGGAGUUGCCAGAGGAGAGCUUCCCUCUUCUUCAUGAACAUAUUCAAUUUGCUCACUGCUACAAGAACCAGGCUGGAUGGCAAGAUGUCUUGAAGAGAUUUGUCGAUGGCCACGGUACAUUGUAUGACUUGGAGUUUUUGGAGAAUGACCAAGGCAGAAGAGUUGCAGCUUUUGGCUUCUACGCUGGCUUUGCUGGUGCAGCCAUUGGUGUCUUGGACUGGGCUUUCAAGCAAACACAUUCUGACUCCGAGAAUUUGCCUGGUGUGACUCCAUAUGGCCACGAGUCUGAAUUGGUCAAGCACGUCAAGUCAGAAUUGGACAGUGCUCUUGCUAAGAACGGAGGCAAGUACCCAAAGUGUUUGACUAUUGGUGCUUUGGGCAGAUGCGGAUCUGGUGCUCUUGAUUUAUUCAGAAAAGUUGGUAUUCCUGAGGAUCUCUUGUUGAAGUGGGACAUGGCCGAAACCGCCAAGGGAGGUCCUUUUCAAGAGAUUGCAGACUCUGACAUUUUCAUCAACUGCAUCUACUUGUCUAAGCCUAUCCCUCCCUUUAUUAACAUGGAGUUGUUGAACAAGGCUACAAGAAAAUUGAGAUCUAUCGUCGAUGUUUCGGCCGACACCACAAAUCCACACAACCCUAUUCCAGUGUACACCAUUGCGACAGUAUUCAACGACCCUACGGUAGUUGUUGAGACUACUGCAGGACCAAAGUUGUCUGUUUGUUCGAUCGACCACUUGCCAUCUUUGCUUCCAAGAGAAGCCUCUGAGUUUUUCUCGAGAGACUUAUUGCCUUCCUUGUUGGAAUUGCCAAACAGACAUACAUCGCCAGUGUGGGUCAGAGCUAAGAAGUUGUUUGACCAUCACGUCGCUAGAUUGGAGUAG